AUGAUCUUCUCAGCGUAUGCUCAGGAGCAGCGCGAUCUGCGAUGGGUCAGCGUCAGCCUGACCGUGAUUGCGACGGUGUUGCUGGUCUGUCGGCUGGCGACGACGUGGCAGAAUCGUGGGUGGUUUGGCGCGGAAGAUAUCAUGGUCAUUGCUGCUACGGUGCCAAUGGUGUACAUGGCGACUGUAUAUGGCUUCGGAAAACACGUGCCUGAUAUCAUAGCGUCUGGCGGUAAUGUCACGACGGCGCUGAAGUAUUUCUGGCUCACCCAGAUCUUCUAUACGCUCUGCAACGGCACCAACAAACUCGCCUUCCUCACUCUCUACUACCGCGUCUUCCCCGUCAAGGGCUUCCGCCGCGCCUGUAUGGCCAUGAUCGCAGUCAGCGUCGUGUGGACACUGUCCUACGUCGUGGUCGCUAUCUUUCAGUGCUCGCCUGUUCCGCGCGUGUACAAUCGCAAGAUUCCGGGGACUUGUAUUAACUUUGUGUGGCAUCGCUGGACGAACGCCGUCUCCAACCUCGUCACCGACCUCACCAUCUUCUUCCUGCCCAUGCCGCUCAUCAUGCGCCUCAACAUGUCCAUCGGGAACCGCAUCGGGCUCAUCGUGCUUUUCAGCAUGGGCUUCUUUAUCUGCCUCAUCACCGUCCUGCGCAUGGUGACGCUGCCCCUAACGCUCAAGACCAAGGAGCCGACGUGGGAAUCAGCGCCCACGAAUCUCUGGUCGUUCAUCGAGGCCGCCGUCGGCGUCAUUUGCGCCUGUCUGAUUAGCUUGCGGCGCUCGAUAUCGCGCUUCUGGCCCAAGAGGUGGCGCAGCACUAAGGGGAGCAGUGCGCGCUAUUACCAUCAGUAUCCCAGCAGAGGUGGGAGUGCGCCGCUGUCUGGCAAGAAUGGUGGGUUGGGUGUACCGGGCUCGAGCUUCCAUAUGGAGGCUUUGAAGAGUAGCAAGAGUACGGGCAAGACGGAGAUCGAUGUAUCUAUGGUGAGUCGGAGCGAGAGCCAGGAGCGCAUGAUCGAAGGGAUCACAGUGACGAAGGAUAUUGAAGUUGUGCGUCAGUGA